ACCAAAUCACAAGAACUUAAAAAAGCGUCCAAAUUUGUUCUUCAUAAAAACAGAGCAUUACGACAAAAAAGAACUACAACAGAUAUUCACUAACAAUGGAAAACAAGAAAAUGAUACAAUCAAAUCAAAUGGAUCCCAAAAUAUGGAGUCGAUUACCAGAAGAUGUAUUAGAGCAUUUGCUUUCAUUUCUUCCAUUAAAAACAUUCUUGAAACUCAGAUCAACUUGUAAGCAUUUCAAAACUCUUCUUUUUUCACCCCCUUUCAUUUCUAAACACUCCCCUUCUUCUUCUUCUUCAUCUUUUUCUUCAUUUUUCUUACUUUCACAUCCACAAUUCCCUAGACAAUACCCUUUAUUCGAUACUGUUCAUAACAACUGGCGGAAUUUAUCUCUGUGUAUUUCCCCUGUUUUGCCAUCUUCUUCCUCUGUUCUUUUAUCUUCUUCUAAUGGCUUGCUUUGUUUCAGUCGUUCAAGUUCUAGUUCUUUCAUUAUAACUAAUGUUUUAGCUAGAUCUUCUAGGGUUGUAAAAUACCCAAAUUUGCCUUUUUCUUUUGAGUCUGUUACUUUGAUUUCUUCAGCUAAUAAUGGGUAUAAGCUGUUUGUGAUGUCUGCUUUUGGAUCUUCAAGUCAAGUUUUUGUUUAUGAUUCUUUGGUUCAUUCUUGGAGUCAAUUUGGUGGAUUUGAUCUGAUUUUAAAUGAGAAUCAUCAUCAAGAAGGGGUUUUUCAUGAUGGGUAUUUGUGGUUUAUUACACCAGAGCCUUAUUUUACAGUUUGUAUGGAUCUUGAUAAUGGGAUGUGGAAAAGAUCCAAUUUUGAGCUGCCUAGUGAGGUUACUUUUGCUAGAUUGGUGAGUGAUGGGGAUAAAAAAAUGUUCUUGAUUAGUGGAAAUGGGAGUAAUGGGAUUUCAAGAAGCAUGAAGUUGUGGGAAUUGAAUGGGGAUUCUAAGAUUUGGGUUGAAGUUGAGAAUGUGCCUGAAUUGAUUUGUAGGAAGUUUUUAUCUGUUUGUUAUCAUAACUAUGAACAUGUUUAUUGUUUUUGGCAUAAAGGGUUGAUUUGUGUUUGUUGUUAUUCUUGGCCUGAGAUAUUGUAUUAUAAGGUUUCUAGAAGGACUUGGCAUUGGCUUCCUAAAUGCCCUUCAUUGCCUGAUAAAUGGAGUUGUGGAUUCAGAUGGUUUUCCUUUGUUCCUGAGCUAUAUGCCUUUGUGUAAUAGUAACAUCAAUUGACCAACUGGGUUGUGGUGCAGUGGUGGGACUGCUCCACCCUUUAUUAGAGGUCUCGGAUUCGAGCUCUGGGUAUGGAGAAAGUGUCAUUCCUGAAUGAGCCCUGCAGUGUGUGGUCUAGAUUUAGUCGUGGCUCUAG